UCCUAAAAAUCUAGAAUCUAGUACUUUUUUAUACCUUCCGUCGACUUCACUGCGAUUUUCUUUCUCUCUCGAUUUAUUUAUUUUGAUCCCGUUUUUGACUCGCUAUUCCCCCUUCCCUUCCAUUCGCUCAUCAUUGAUUAUAAAACAACCAUACAUACGUCCAGUUCACACAAGCUGUUGCCGUUUCUGUUUUUUUAACGUUUUCCCUUUUGUUAAAUAUUCAUUGCGUUGUUUUUUGUUUGUACUGGAAGGGGAUAAAAAAUGGCUCCCAAAACUAUUGAUAUGCUGAAGAAAGACCUUCCCGUUGAACAAGGAUCUCUCGUCUUUUCUGGAAGUGUUAAGACCGGUCUUGUUCUUGUUGAUAUUGUUAAUGGUUUCUGUACCGUCGGUGCAGGCAACUUGGCUCCAACACAGCCUGAUAAACAAAUUUCUCUUAUGGUAGACGAGUCUGUGAAACUUGCCAGGAUGUUCUGUGACAAAAAAUGGCCUGUUUUUGCGUUUCUUGAUUCUCAUCAUCCUGAUAUCCCUGAGCCUCCCUAUCCUCCUCAUUGUAUUAAUGGAACAGAUGAAGCUGAACUUGUUCCUGCACUGAAAUGGUUGGAGAAUAACUCUAAUGUAACACUUAGGCGCAAGGAGUGUAUUGAUGGAUUUCUUGGCUCUUUUGAGAAAGAUGGAUCCAAUGUCUUUGUAAGUUGGGUGAAGAAUAAUCAAAUUAAAAAUAUAUUGGUGGUAGGGAUAUGCACAGACAUAUGUGUGCUUGAUUUUGUAUGUUCCACACUGUCUGCCAGAAAUCGUCGUUUUCUUGGUCCUCUGGAGGAUGUAAUUGUGUAUUCACCUGGUUGUGCAACUUACGAUUUGCCUGCUCAUGUUGCCGAUACUAUCCCAGAUGCUCUGGCUCACCCACAGGAUUUGAUGCAUCACAUUGGACUCUACAUGGCAAAGGGAAGGGGAGCCAAGGUAGUAUCAGAGGUGUCCUUUGAUGCAGUGAAAGAGCCAUGAUCAUAACCCCAUCUGUGGCUGCUUGUAUUUCCAUAUUUGCAAGUUUUGAUAAAUAAACAAUGUGGUUAUCCUCACAUGAUGAAAUUUAUAGCUGCAAAUGGAAACUAUUCCGAUAGGAAGGACUUGCAGUAGAAGAUGCCUGAGAUCUCUCCCAUACUUAGAGCAUCUACCUGCUGCAGAUUGGAGGUAGAUUGUUUUGUGAAAUAAGUUUUUGCUUCAAUGAUUUUUACAAUAAUGUUAUUAUCAUAGUUUGCGGACAAAAAAGUUUCUUCAGUGGAAACAAGUAAAUUUGUACUUCCACCUUUGUUGCUGCAAUACACACAGCAAUUAUGCAUGUUUUGAUUAACAUCUUUGGACUAGAUUUCCUUCUGGACUUG